AAACAAUUUGCUAUUUCCGCUUCGAUUGGAUCAAAGCUAGAGAGAGAGAACGAGAAAGCGAAACAAUGGAGUUUUCUGUGUGUAAUUCGGUGUUCUUCGUGUUCUUCUUCUAUUGUUAUCAACAGCCUUCAAUUUUGUAGGAUGAAAAACGAUUCGGUUUCUCAAUUCCUGCAUCUGUUUCGUCUCUCGUUCUGACAUUUCAUUCGGCGGCCGAUUUUUUUCUUCUUCUUCAUGAUCAUCUGUCUGGCCUCCUAGUUGUCAAUCCAAGGCCGUGACGGUGUGUCUGUCCUUUUCAUCGUGAUUUUGCGGCUUGGAGUUUUUUCUAUUUCUUGUUUGUUGAUUCUGCGUGCUUUGCAUAAUGGAGCCUCGAGUUGGAAACAAAUUUAAACUCGGUCGGAAGAUUGGGAGCGGAUCGUUCGGAGAGAUCUAUCUCGGUACUAAUAUUCAGACGAAUGAAGAAGUUGCAAUUAAGCUUGAAAAUGUGAAGACAAAACAUCCGCAACUGCUCUAUGAAUCAAAGCUAUAUAAAAUACUACAAGGAGGAACUGGAAUUCCAAAUGUGAGGUGGUUCGGUGUCGAGGGAGACUAUAAUGUUCUUGUGAUUGAUUUGUUGGGUCCUAGCCUUGAAGAUCUAUUUAACUUCUGCAGCAGAAAAUUGUCUCUCAAGACGGUUCUUAUGCUUGCAGAUCAGAUGAUCAAUCGGGUGGAGUUCGUCCAUUCCAAAUCCUUUCUGCAUCGGGAUAUCAAACCAGAUAAUUUUCUUAUGGGCUUAGGCAGACGUGCAAAUCAGGUCUACGCCAUUGACUUUGGUUUGGCUAAAAAGUAUAGAGACACAUCAACUCAUCAGCACAUUCCUUACAGAGAAAACAAGAAUCUGACAGGAACAGCAAGAUAUGCAAGCAUGAAUACCCAUCUUGGCAUUGAACAAAGCCGCAGGGACGAUUUAGAAUCACUUGGAUUUGUUCUUAUGUAUUUUUUAAGGGGGAGUCUUCCUUGGCAGGGACUUAAAGCUGGAACGAAGAAACAAAAGUAUGAAAAGAUUAGUGAAAAGAAAGUCUCCACUUCUAUAGAGGCGCUAUGUCGUGGAUACCCUACUGAAUUUGCUUCAUACUUCCAUUAUUGUCGAUCGUUAAGAUUUGAAGAUAAGCCAGACUAUUCUUAUCUUAAAAAACUCUUCCGUGACCUUUUUGUUCGUGAAGGUUUUCAGUUUGAUUAUGUGUUUGAUUGGACCAUUCUGAAGUACCAACAAUCUCAAAUAAGUGCCCCACCUGCUCGUGCCUUCGGUGGUGCUGGACCAAGUUCUGGAAUCCCUAUGGGUGUAGCAAAUGCUGAUAGGCACCCUGGUGGUGGGGAGGAAGGUAGACCGCCAGCGAGUGGUUGGGUAACAACGGACCCCUUGCGAAGGAGAAACUCUGGUCCAGUUACAGGCACUGCAAAUUUGUCAAAACAAAAGCCUCCGGCCAUGAAUGAUCCCGCAGUUGCUAAGGAACCCAUACUACCAAAUUCCAAUAUUUUACGUUCAAGUGGAUCGUCAAGACGAGCUGCCAUCACGAGCAACCAAGAGUUAGGCCUCCUUGGAUGUGAAGCCGAUCCAUCUCGCCCUCCAGUUCCAGAUCCAAGUUUAGGAGCUAUACACAAAAAUUCUAGUGCGCAAAGGCAUUCUCCUGUCCUACCAGCUGAUCAAAACCGAAACGUUUCAGGCAUCAGAAACUUCGAGUCUACUCUUAGGGGUAUCGAAAGCCUCCAUUUUAGUAAAGAUGAGAAGGUACAACAUUAGCGGCUAACACUCGCUCGCUAUCCAUCUGUUGUAAAUACGGUUUGGGGGUUUGUUAUGCUUUCGUUUGUGAUUUAGUGAAAGCAGCACCAGCAACUUGGGAACGAACAUUUACUAUCACAAAAAUUCUAGGAAGAGGAGAUUAAUUACCCAUGUGGCUCAACGAAACUUGUUCUCUUUUUACCAUUUGUCUUCGGCGUUUCUUUUAUUGAAAUUCAGAUGAACAAAAUCUGUAAUUAGUGUUUCCUUACCUAUUGUAAUGACUAUCGGAUCUUGUAUGCUUAUUUAUCAUUUUGAUGACAAUAUUUCUUUUCCUUCU